UACUACGGAAGCUCUAGGUUGCCAUAAAGGAUAUAUACACUGAUUGCGAAACUCUGUCGAUGCGGUUCAAGUAAAAAGUUACACGAUGGCUGACCGGCCCGAGCACGUUCCAUCGCAAGAGCGAGAGGCAGCGCCUAAGGUGGAAUAUAAGAAAGAGCAGAGACGGGAAUCUCCUGCCAGGGAUAAUCCGUCUGCAAGAGACUAUGCGAAGGAUUUUCCGCCACGGGACAGCUAUCGUUCGGCCAGGGACAAUGGCAACGGCAACAGUACUGAUGAAAAGAAGAUCUACGUUGGUGGGUUGGAUUACUCAGCUACAAAGGAUGAUAUCUACGACGCGUUCUCUGAUGCUGGCAAGGUCGUCAACGUCCAGCUGGUUGUCGACCAUGAAACCCAGCGCUCAAAGGGCUAUGCAUUUGUCACGUUUGCGGACGAAGACGCGUUUUUGUACGCACUCAAGCGGAUGAACGGAGUGGCAAUCAAAGGCAAGAGCGUUGUGGUGAAUAAGGCGCUGAGCGCUGAAGAGAAAGCUCUCCGGGAGCGCGAGGCAGGCAUUCAACGGGACAGGGACACUGAUGCCCGUCACCACCACAAUUCGCGUCCUCAGCACAGCGAGCGGCCCCAUUAUGACCGGCCACCGGGACCUCAGAGCAAGGGCUUCCGCGUCAUAAUUACUGGUCUGCCGGAUGCUUACACUUGGAGGGAGAUGAAGGACUUUCUCCGCACCUACACGAAUGCUCAGCCGACGUAUGCCACUGUGGAGCGCCCUGGACGCGGGUACUGUCCUGGGGCUGCGUUGGUCUGGUCACAACAGUUUUAUCAUACACGUGGUUUCGGGACAGGAUCCAAAUUCGACGCACGUGUGCUAUGAAUGCUAUCUCCUGGCUUUCAUCUCUUCCUGGCUUUCAUCUCUUCAAAGAACACUCCCAAGCACCUCGAGCACGGGUUUCUAAGUGUCUGCGGUCGUUCUUUGGCAUUUGGGUCAGCAGUUGGAAGCACCCCUGGUAUCGUGCCGCCGUCUCUUCACAAUAUCCGUGGCCAUUUUGAGCAAACCACGUUGCCAUUACGCGACGAUUUCUGCGUUCAGCCUUAAUAUCAGCCACGUCCACGUCAGCCGUGUCCAAGCAGCCUGUUUGGCCUAUCACCGUCCAUUCAGUGCUCGCAACCGCCUGCAAUCCAAUCCCAUCCGAGGCGCGGGUUGUCCACGUGUCCUCCUGCUUUACAUGAUAACAGCUCUACUUGUCGUUAAAUGCAAGGCCCCCUUCAUGUCACAUACAACUCGCCGUACAAUUCCUCCGCGCUGCACUCCGCAUGUCUAGCAGUAGCGGCUGUAAAUGCAACAUGCAAGCAUUGGCGAGUACGCCACGUCAGCCGAGCGCAGCAGCGCCAUCCGGUCACUGCACGGCAUGGCGUACGAGGGCGGAACCAUCCGCUGUGAGGCGCUGGCGGAGGAGCGUGGGGGCGCUGACGGCUACCCUGGAGGGGCGGCCGCUGGAGGCGGAGUUGGAGGAGGAGGGCCGUAUCAGCGCCCCGAGCGAGGAGGCGGCAACGGGUUUAACGACGCGGGGUACGGUCGCGGGGUCAGUGGAGGCGAGCGGUAUGAUGACCGGUACGGCCAUGCGCCGUACGAAGGUGGGCGGGGAGGUAGCGGCUAUGCGGAUGAGCGCUAUCCGGACAAGUACGCUGGACGAGUAGAGGGUGGCGGUGGACGGUCAGGUGAGUUGAUUCGGUGGGCAACGAGGAGGGAGGGUUGGCGUACAUUGGUUGGGAUCUUACGGAGUUGAGUUAUGGGCGGGUUGAAGGUGGUUGCUGUUGCUGCUCGGAUGUCCCCUUGCUGGUUGUACACACAGGUCGCUUUCAUUGUGUAUACGCGGCUGUCUUGGUAACCCAACAUCCCUGCAUGUCUGCUGCUGCUCAGGUGGCUACGAGGGAGG